AUGGAGGAAGAUGGUUUGGAUGAUUUGCUUGCAGAAAUUGUUGAACCGCCACCAAAGCUUUCUAAACAGGAUCCUCAACCUUCAGGUUCAACAAAAUCUGCUUCAAAGACACACUGUGUAUUAGUAAAUCAAAAGCAGAGAGGAAAUCCGCUACUAAAACACAUUGUCAGUGUAGCAUGGGAAUUUGAUGAAAUAGUCCCCGAUUAUGAAAUAGGCAAAACAAUCAGUAUAUUGUUCUUAUCUGUUCGAUAUCACAACUUGAAUCCAGAUUAUAUAAAUAACAGGCUCAAGGAACUUGGAAAAAAGUAUGAUUUAAGGGUAUUAUUAGUUCAGGUGGAUCUAAAAGAUCCUCAUGCAGCACUUAAAAAUCUAACUAGGAUUUGUUUGCUAACAGACUUGACGCUAAUGCUUGCUUGGAGCCCCUUGGAAGCUGCAAAAAUUAUUGAAAACUACAAAAUAUAUGAAAAUAAGCCACCUGAUAGAAUCAUGGAGAAAAUAGAAAAUGAUCCUCAUCAAAAGAUAGUAAAUGCUCUGUCUUCAAUUAAACCUGUCAACAAAACCGACGCUAUGACUCUCAUAACCACAUUUGGAACUUUAGAAAACAUAAUUAAAGCUACCGAGAAGAGAUUAGCAGAUUGCCCUGGCUUCGGAGCUACGAAAGCUAAGAAACUCUACAAGGCAUUGCAUGAACCAUUUUUAAAGCGUGGUAUGAAACCAGAUGAAUUCGCUGGAGACAUCAGUAUUGAAGAUAUUGAAACUAUAGAAACUGAUGUUAACAGCGACGUAUACUGUAUAAUAUGCUCGCUUCGACGCGCGACGAGUUCAAAAUAA